UGUGUGUGUGUGUGUGUGUGUGUGUGUGUGUGUGUGUGUUUGUGUACAUCUUUGUGUGUCCACCCCUUUCGCAGUGAGUAAGGCAAGUGGGCGGUAGCAGCAACUGGUCUGCUUAUGUGGUGCGAUGCAUAGCAGACAUGUUUCUCACUGCUAGAUAUUACUCAUUUCCUCAGCCCUACACACACACACACACAACACAAACACACAGUCUCAGUUAGACGCUCACACACAUACACACACUGACACACAGAAGCUCGCAGCUUCUCAGUGGUCUUGCUGGUGCUAUUUUUCACUUAUACGGAGCUCUGUGGCAUCGUGUGACUGGUAGCUGUUGUUGGUGUUUCUAUUGGCGCUGUGGAGGUAAAGUAGGAAGCAGCCUGUGGAGAGGCGCCUGACCCCCCCUGGAGGUUCUUAACCCAGGAGGGCUGCAGCAUGUAUGACCACCAACACCUGGACAACACUCUGGUCAACAGCCCACUCUAAGGUGAUAGGUCGUUCAGGACUAGGGUGUCAGUGAUCUGACAGUGAUGUCGUGUCGAGGCCCUCCCCUCUCUCUGCGGCCCUCGUUUUCCCGUGAGUCCCAUGUAACCUAGCCGCCCCCGCCCGCCGCCGCUGGCGCUCACCCAUGAAUCCCAGCCCCGACCGCGGCAAAGAGUGCCUCCCCCCCCCAAGAAGAGGGAAUCCCGGCAGGGCUCGGUUGACCAGCGCACACUCCUGGACGAGUUCAAACCGCCCGCCUCGCCCCUCAGGACCCGGCCCGCCGGCAGCUCAGGGAGAGAUGAGGGGUGCAGGGAGAACAGCGAUGAGGCUCUGACGAACCCCCACAGUCUGCUACCCUCUCCCCCACCUCCCCUCCCACCCCCUGGUAUCCCCCUCCCCCUGCCAUGGCACCUGCCUUACACCCCCUCUGUCCCUCUACCCUUCCUCCCAGGCCAGGUAGGAGAGAGGAGGGGGUCAGGCUCACCCUCCUGGAGGGAUGAUCUUCUCCCUUCCCCACUCCCCCAUCACUCCAGGUGGCUCCGAGGUGAAAUCCCCCUUCCCCUUCCACCCUGCUCAUCCUCUUCCUCCUUCAAGAGCCCCUUCCCUGCUGACUCCAGAGAGAUGUGGUCCUAUUUCAACACAGAACGAAGGGACUAUAGCUCCUCUCUCUUCUCCCCCUCCCACCUGUUCAGCCAGCCCCCCCCCUCUACCGUCCUGACACCUCCAUGACUGAAGGCAGACACAGAUACCUGGGCAAGAGGCCCAACGGGCUGGAUGGCCCGGACAGCAGGACUGCCUCUGCCUCCAGGGUGGCGCCGCCCUCAGGAGAGUACGGGAACGAACCCAGCGGCAGGGCCAGGCUGGGCGGCAGCCUCCACGGUUCCCAUGCCAACGGGCGGCUGAGACACCAGGAGGAUCCCAUGGGACGUUCUCAGACGGUUGCGAUUUUCCAAGAUUCCCGAGCGCCACCUCCGGAGGGCCCUGACUCACAUUCCUCUCUGCAGGACAGGGAUCCCCGUGGAACGCCAAAGCCUGGGACCCUCACCCUGAUCCCCAGCAGGCUCCAGCCCCAUCGGGCAGACCCACGGGCAGGGAGAGGGGAGCCCCUGGACCCCCUGGGGAGCUCUCCGGCUAAGGCCCAGAUUUACUACUCCCUGGGGUCGAUGUACUCUACCCUACAGCCCAGCCACCUCAACCCCCAGGCUCAGCCCUUCCCCCUGUACAGCCCCUCAGGCAGCCCUCAGUACGGCCUGCACACCAUGAGGAACUCACAGCACUCGCCUCAGGGGCAGCCCAACAGCCACGUCACAGAGAGCGACAGAGAGAGGGAACGAGAGCGAGACAGAGAACGAGACAGACGACGAGAACAAGACAGAGAGAGAAAACGUGAACAAGACAGAGACAACCGGGAGAGAGACAGUGAACGAGACAGAGACAAAGACAGCGGAGACCUUUCCCCUGGGCGGCAGUGCUCACGUCCCCACGCCUCCCCCCUCCUUCCCCUCACGGCCACCUCACCCCCUGCCCCCCACCACCACCACAACUCCCCAGCACUCCUACCUCAUUUUGCCAAGGGAUCUCUGAUUGAGCUGGUGGGGGGCCGUCUAAAGCGUGUGGAGGAGCUGAGGACGGAGGACUUCCUAAGGAGUGCCAACACCUCCCCGGAGUUCCACCUGAGCACCUGCACCAUUCUGCUCAUCGCCCCCAGCGACACACACGGCUUCAACCACCUGCAGGUCCUCCUCACAGACCGCAACACUCAGGAGUUACUAACAGUUCUGGUGGAGUACCCGUUCUUCGUGCGGGACCGCGGCUGGUCUUCCUGCUGUCCCCAGAGAACCACCCAGCUCUACGGCCUAUCCUGCCGUCAACUCAGCGAGGGAGACAUCUGCCUGGCCCUCACCCCCUCACACACACCUCGCACACACACACACUCACACACACGCACAGCCCCGCGGGGCCACCGCACACACACUCGGGCCAGGGCCGGCGCCAGCUCACACAGGGAAGACAUGCCCCCUCCUCCCCCUCCUCCUCCUCUUUCUCAUCCCUCCCCUGCUCUCGCCCCUCCUCCUCUUCCUCUGGCCCCUGCAGAACCUCCCACCCAGGAGCAGCCACGCUCACGCAAGAGGCGAUGGUCCGCCCCCGACCUCCUACCCCCUACUGGAACUACCGAAGCUACCGGGUACUGACAAGACCACCAAUUUACCUCACGGCUCCAAGCAUAGGAAGCGGCAGUAGAGCUUACACACGUACACACACACACAGAAACGCACACAUGCAAGCACAAACACACCCUCCUUGUCUCUAGAGCACACACAUGGCCACACAGUAGAGAGACCACAAGGCAGGGUUGCAGGGAAGGACAAAGGAAUGCAACUUUACUUGUGUCCCACACUGCUGCCCAAAGUAUGAGCCUAUACCCCUCGUUCUUCAUCCCUCUUUCCCCUCUCUCCGCUUAGCACACCUCUGACAGGGGUAGCUGUCUGAGGACUCCCAGAGAGCUCCACAGUGACAGACGUUGAGUGAGACACUGUUUUUGUUAUGGUUGUCCCACGCGUCUACUUACUGACAGUGUUUUCUGCAGGGUAUCGGUUUUCAAUCAGGGUUAUGGAAGCAGGCUCUACUGAAGAUGUCUAUCGCAGAGAGAGAGAUAUAUAUAUAUAUAUAUAUAUAAAUAUAUGACUAUAUAUUACAUUACAAAUGUUCUAUAAAUAUGCUAAACCGAUUUAAUGCAACCUCUCUGAUUGUCACUUUCGUAAUGCGUUCUCAGUUUUAGAUUUUCUCGCUUCUUCUGAUACGAAGUUUGACUGUCAGUCAGUCAGUCAGUCAGUCAGUCAGUCAGUCAGUCAGUCAGUCAGUCAGUCAGUCAGUCAGUCAGUCAGUCAGUCAGUCAGUCCAUCGGUCAGUGGGUCUGGGCAGGCAAGGUAAAUGAAUGUAUCAGCUACCCUUCGCCUUUUUACUAUUCUCGUUACCGGGGGGGGGGGGUCAUGUUAAUCUCUUGUUCGCCAAGGUAUUGCCCUCCAAUAUGUUCUUAACAUUAUCUCAGUGAAAGGAAAAACACUAAUGAAAAUUGCGUAACAGACAAUCCUCUCACACACAGGUGGGUCUGUGUCACUUCGCCUUGACCCCGAGAGUGUUUUUCCAUUAAAAAAUACAUUUAAAAAAAAUGGAACGGCGGGAGAGUAAUGGUGCUAAUAACAGGUUGGAACAGGAUGCUUUGUGAACACACACUUGACCCCUCUGUACCCCUUCUGUGCCCCUUUCUUUUCUCCAUGUACUGUAAACGUUUGAGCGCAGGGAAAAAAAAACGAUUGAAAGUAUUUUAAAACUCAGAUACGGGUAUCUUUUCUGAUUCAGCACACUCUUUCACUUUAGUUUUUUUCAACUUUUUUUUAGUUUUGUUUGUUUUUUCAAAAACAAAAAAAAACCUGGCCUGUUUUUUUUUUUUUUUUUCUUUGUAAAUGUUAUAGCUAUACAAAUUGUAUAUUUUUGAAAUUGUGAGUCUGUUAUAUGAUGUUCGCUAGAAAUGAUAAAAAUUAAAAAAAGCUUUAUGAAUUUAUACUGAAUGAGGUGACUUCAUACCCCAUACAUGCACGAUCAAAAGUGUUGUACACACAGCCAAUGUACUAUCUUAGUUUGU